CAAAAUGGCGGCGCACAUGAGAUGGGGAUUUCGGCAGUUGUUACGGACUCAAAACACCUCUCACUUUAGGUGGUUCCCAGAAAAUCUCAGAGGUUCAUCCAGCUCAUUGUUCACAACCCAGAACUUCAGAGGAGUCCAGUCUCAGCCCGGGACAGGAGCUACAAACAUUACAUCAUCCAUCCAGACUGAAGAUACCCCAAACCCAAGAAGCUUGAAGUUCCUUCCUGGUAAAUCUGUUCUAGGAAAUGGGACGCUUGACUUUCCUUCCCCGAGCUCAGCUGGAUGCUCAUCUUUAGCCAGGGACCUGUUUGAAAUUGAAGGAGUGAAAAGUGUGUUUUUUGGCCCCGACUUUAUCACCGUUACUAAAACAGACGAGGAUGUGGAGUGGACAGACAUCACGCGUCAAGCUCGAGAGGCUAUUGCUAAGUUCUUUGAGAGCGGUGACCCGAUAACAACAGGAACAGUGCACCACGAAAGCAGUUUUUCUGAAGAUGAUGAUGAAAUUGUAUCAAUGAUAAAGGAGCUUUUGGACACCAGAAUUAGACCUACACUGCAGGAGGAUGGAGGUGAUGUCAUCUUUAAAGGUUUUGAAAACGGCACAGUCAAGUUGAAGCUGGUUGGAUCGUGCACAGGAUGUCCCAGCUCCACGGUGACUCUCAAAAACGGCAUUCAGAACAUGAUGCAGUUUUAUAUCCCUGAAGUGAACAAAGUGGAGCAGGUAGAAGAUGAAGUGGAUGACAUUAAUGCAAAGGUUUUUGAAGAAGUGGAAAAAAAAUUACAAGACUAAGAACUUUCUCAAUCUACAAUCUCACAUAUCUUGCAGUAAUAAUAACAACUCCUGGCAACGAGUUAUUCCUGCAGAGAAUUAUAAUACUUUACUGAAAGGAAGUGAGAAAAUAGUUUCACGCUUUUUAUCGCCAUACUUUGGAUUAUCCAUCUGUAAUUUAAAUGUAUAUACUGUAUGCUUUAUUCAUUAAACAUUAUAUACUGUGUGGGGAAAAAAUGCAUUAAUUGUUUUCUGUCUAAACUACAGUGUUAUGUUGUGGAUUUAAAAAUGUUGAUGUAUUUAUUUCUUAUAGUUAUUCCGAAAUAUUUUCUUAAGAUUGAGAUUUUGCUAGUGUUCAUGACACUGGUUAGUCUCAUUCAAUAUGAUGAUCUGACAGUUCACUGACAAUUACUUUACACCUAUGAUAACAAAACAGUUUUUACAUGUGAAUACAUCAAUUAAUACUAAAAUGAACUGGAAAUGGGGCUACAAGCAUUCACUAAGCAAAAGUAAGGUUACAGUGUCACAUCUUAUGAUAUAUUUAAGUUGUUUAUAUGGUUUGUUGAGUUUUAUUUAGAUUUACUGUAUCACAUUAAA